AUCAUGAAGAUGAAUAUAUUGGAGGAAAUUGGAAGAAUAUUUAUGUAUAUAUAUAUAUAUGUCAUGGCAAUCAAAAUUUGUUAUAAGCAAAAGAAAUUAAUUAUGUUAUUUAAAUCAUUCAUUAUAUAGUAUAACGAGUAAUAGAAAAUCUAUUCAUAGAGAGCAUUUUUCUGUAUUAAUUACAACAAGAUUGAUAACAACAGAAUGAGAUUAUAAUCAUUUACUUAAACUAGAUUUACUGACUGUAGGAUCAGUCGUUUGUGCGUUGUUCAUAGCUUUUGCUUCUCUUUGUAACUCUUUUACUACCGUGGCAAGAGCAUAAGGGUUUACCCCAUUUUCGCACAGCCUUACGCAGAUACUUAAUGUUGCUGGAUCUAAGUUUGUAUUGAGUAGUUUAGAAAUUUGGAAUAAUGUUUGGAACGUUUUACGAGCCGCAUUUACCUGAUGGCUUACAGGUUCUGGCAUGCUGGCUCGAUUUUGUUCCUUUCUGGAAAAUAAAAUCAAUUUUUUACAUUUAAUUGAACUAAGAGGUUACAACAUAUCACAUACAAUUCAAAGUCAUUUGAAUUUAUUUAUCUCUCAUACUCACUCUCCCGUGUUAGACAGUUUUGUGGAAAUAAUAUAAACACAUUUAUGAAUAAAAAUAAAAUCCUUCGUGGUUUAAAAACAUAAAGCUGUUCUUUUCUUUUUGUGUCGAAUGUGAACUCUGUCAAACGUUAGCGCCAUCUAAGUAUUGUGUGUGCAUAACUAUAUACAUAUAUAUAUAAAAGUUAGGUGAUAAUGAAGAAAUAGUUGAUAGUAAUAACCACUGCAAUCGCUGUUGCAAUUUUAUUUUACCAAAAUCUCUUCGAUACCAUUUUAUUACUUCUUCGAUUGAUGUAUUCAAAAAUCUCUAUGAAAAUGCAUAUUAACGUUUCUAGAUUUACCUUUCUAGAUUUCAUACAAUGCGUGACAAAUGAGCUCUCUUAAAAGUUGCGACGAAGGAAAAAUUUGUAAAUACAAAUUUCUUAUUUUAUGCAUAAUAAAUAUUGUAUAGAUAAAUCUCAUUAUGAACGAAUAUCUAUCAGAGAAUAUGAGGAUGAGCGAUGUAACGAGUGUGGAUGGUCAAUUAACAGAUAAAAGGACUGAGGAUCCUUAUGAAAUGGAUAAAUGUGUCAAAUGGAUUGAAGCUCACAAUUUAGAAAAGGUAUGUUUACAAUUCCCAGAUGACCUUUUGUCAGAUUCAGUGAAUAUUGCGUUACAUAUAGAAAAAUAUAUAAAUAGAAAAGUAUAUAUUUUGGGAGACACUACAUGCGGCAGUUGCUGCGUCGAUACAAUUACGGCUCGACAUGUCAAUGCCGAUGGUAUAAUACACUUUGGACACGCUUGUCUUAAUCCUGUAAAUGAAAUAUUAGCCUUUCAUGUUUUACCAAAAAAGGAAAUUGAUGUAACACGCUUUCAAGAUCAGUUUAAAGAAGCAUUAAAAGAUACAACAAAAAAAUGUAUACUUUUUUAUGACGUGGCAUAUGCACAUCUGAUCGAAUGUAUAUAUAAUGAUUUAAAGGCCAUAUUCAAAAAUUUAAUUUUAUCAAGAUUAAAUUGCAAAUCAAACGUGGAAUUUACGGAUUCGAAAGAUCCUUCAACAAUGGUUAUCCUAGGUAGAAGGUACAUUUUAACGAAUGAUACUACAAUAAAUGAUUACGAGGCGAUAUUUUUGGGAGAAAAUGGGAAAACAUUUUCUACAUUAGCGAUGAGCAUUCCUGCAAAAAAAUGGCAAAUACUGCCGCCUGAUGGUUUAAAUUAUUGUAAUUUUGAAACGUCCAUGGAAACGGACGUCUCACUGAUAUCUGGAGAUAUUAGAAAUGCAGAUAAAGAUAUCCUUUGUAUAGACAAAAUGGAUGCUUUGGUUCUAAAAACACCAGGUGUCGUUGCUGUCGGCAAUGCAGGAGCACAAUUUCUUCAAGAACGCUCUUGGAAAGGAGUUGAGCAAAGAUUAGGAAAAGAUUCACCGUGUCCCGCACACAUUGGACGUAGUGGCUUAGCGAGUCAUUAUAACAAUGAAUUAUUUUCCACAGGAAGAAAAGGGGAUAUGCAGGCAUAAAAAAUUCUUGUAUGAUUGUAAUUUUGUAUGAUAAUAAAUAUCGAUUCUAAUGUCAA